AUGGAGGACGAAGCAAAUGAACAAAUAUCGCCUGCGGACAGCCAAGCAAACAAUGAAGAUUCAUCCGUGAACAAACAAAGUGCUGAUAGCAGCGAAGAAAAAUCUGUAAUGGGAGAAAAUGACUACGAUCGUGAAAUACAGCCGCCGAAGAAAGUGGCACAGAGAUUCUUGUCUCAUUUAGUUGGUUGUAGGCACAAUAAUUUUCAUAUCGAUAGUGAAAUAGCUUCAUUCGAAUCAAUGUCGGAAGUCUUAGAAAAGAACUUGGAAAAACUUGGCUUUUCUUUAGAAGGCGGUUGGGGGAGUCAGCUUGAGGAUACAGUAGAAGAAGUGGAAGGUUCAUCGGAAGGUACCAGUGAAAAUAUUCCGGCCAUUGAUCAGGAAUUCGAUGAAGUAGCGCGGCGUCUCUUUAACGGAGUUGCUUCAUUUUACAACAUGAGCUACACAAGUGCACUCCUUCCACUGGCAGCUGAUACAAGAGCGGUUGUUACUAGCAAAGAUGGGAAGUUAUUCCUCGUUGUAGCAGCCCGUUUAGGUCAAGGACGAUGCCUUCUGUUUGGUAGACCAGACUACAUGAAUUACUUUGGGGAAAACGCUUCACCUGCCAAACCGGAAGAAACUCUUGAUCCGAAAUUUGUGGAAAAUGCCAAACAGUGGGUCUCACGCAAUAGAUGGACUGAAACUCUUAGAAUCGACGAGACGGAUCAAUGGGCUAGUAUCGAUGUCGAAGAUAAGAUUCUUGUUUGGAAAGGAACCUGGAAUAAAAGUGAAGAAUUUAUCAAUAGCUUGUGCGAUUAUCUUGAAAAUGGCGGAGCGCUUAUCUGUGGUGCAAGCCAUUGGCAAUUAGAUGAAUUCUACUCUGAUAUAGAAACGUCAAAAAUUGGUUUCAACCGUUUAUGCAGCAAGCUGGGAGUUGCUUUAAUGGACAAAUACUUAACCGAGGAAGAUACUGAGCCUUUGAAGUUCUCUCCAGAUCUCGUUGCAUUUAGAAAUUUUUCUAAUAUUUUUCAGACUUGGAUGAAAGAUCCUUCACAAUCGAGGAUCAGUAGCAUGAUUUGUGAGCUCAUUGACAUAAUUCGUAGCAAUCCGUCACAGAUUGCAUCUGCUAUAUCAUCAUCAAAUUUAGUUGAUGUUGUUGAAAAUAUUGACAGUGAUCUCAUACCUAGUAAGAGCAAUAAAAUCAAAGACAAUAAUCUGAAGACGCGAGCAAAAGCUUUUAAUGCAAUUGCCUUUUUACUACCAGACUUCAAACUUCCAGGAAUAAAAGAAUUUCCAGGAGAUUUCGAUGAACCACCUGAAACAGUAACAAAUGAAGUAGUCACAGUGAAAAAGUUACAAUCGGGAGAAUGGUACUGCACUGGUCAUUACGUAGUAGCUGGUCUCCCUUUCGAAAUGAAAGUGAUCGAGCAAACAGGUGAAAGUGGAUGGUAUGUUCAAAUUGGCAGUCAUACGGAUGAUCUCACAGACUGCGAUGAAUAUCGUCGUUGGCCAGUCAUAACCACUUCGCAGCGCAUUCCGAAACUUCUCAGUGAGUCUAUCAAUAUGUAUUCUCCUGUUGGUGGCUUGCUCUACUUAGUUGCACCUACUGGUGACGAAGCCUCGUCCAUCACCGUGCAACUUUCAAAUGUUGUUCCCACACCCACUUACGACCUAACUGAUGCGAACAGAGAGACUAAAUGGAACACGAGUGGUAAGCAAGCCGAUGGCCUGUGGGCUGAUUUAGCAGGCAAUUAUAUGAUUCUCAGUGUUCCCUCGGCGACCAUUCGAAAUAUAGAUACUGAAGCACUUGAUCGCGUGCUCGAACUAUAUGAUAACAUUGUGCUUGCUGGUUAUGAUCUAUGUGGUACAACAUCGACCAGUCGCGAACGACUUGUUUGCGAUGAGCAAAUAUCAUGUGGCUAUAUGCAUUCUGGUUAUCCGAUUAUGAGUCAUCUCGAUUACCUCAAAUUAACAGAACGUAAUAUUCCGUAUAUUCUUGAUGAAAAAGCACUCAGAAAUUACGGAGGUGAAGGUGAAUGGGGUAUUCCCCACGAACUUGGGCACAACCGUCAGAAAGAUUGGUGGACGUUUAGCGAUACUGAUGAUAUAACAUGCAACAUAUUUUCUCUCUAUGUAACCAAUACAGUUUACGGGAGAGACUUAUGGGAAAUAUCUGUCUUUGGUGGAUCUUGUGCAGAAAAUGCUAUAGCAUAUUUAAGUGGAAGUAACCAAUCUUUCGAAGAAUGGAAAAAGGAUUAUUACGUUGGCUUGACUAUUUAUGGACAACUGGCUCGUGAGUUCGGCUGGGAUAGUUUCAAGGCAAUUUUUCGUACGUACGAGAAUACUCAACCAGAACUUAAUUCUGACCAAGAGAAAAUAGAUUUGUGGGUUAAAACUUUUUCAGAGCAAGUGCAAAAGAAUCUUGUACCACUUUUUCAAUUAUGGGGUUUGAUCGUCUCUGAUGCAAUUGCCAACAAAUUGGAAGAUUUCGACAUACCGAAGAUUGAUGAUCAAUUCAUCCAAGCUGUUCCUGGCAAAUAUCCCGCAUAG